AGCUUUCUUUAUUAGUUUCCAAAGAGUAUCCAAAAAUACAGAGCUUUUUUGGGACUUCUUCAGGUGGAAAGCCUUUUCAUGGUCACGGUCGGGGAUUAUGUAAGCUCUGUAGGGUCUUUUGCUCGACUUUGAAGUGGAAAUGGUAAUCUCAUGCUGAUUCCGAGACUUAUUCUUCUGAGUCACAGGUUGGGAAGCUCCGAAUAAGAACCGAAUAAUCUGCGAUAAUUUCACAGGAGUGUUCUCUGGGGCAUUACGCAAUAGACAGACGCAUAAUUAGUCCCCUAGCCCGAUGAAAUAAUCCAAGGCGUUUUUUUCAGCACAUCCUCCUGUCAUUCUCCGAAAGCCAAACUGACCAUGAAACGAGAGCGGAACCCCAAGGUGCUGGAACAGGCGAAGUGACAAAUCGUCGACCCAGCCCCAGCACCAGCCCCAGAAAACAAAACAAAAAUGGGAAUCCAAGUGCCAACACCUUAGCUGCCACAAAUGCCAGCGAACCACAGCCAUCAACCACAGCCACUCAACCACCAGGCACCACCUCUAAUAGCCACGAUGAUCCGGGGCCGGGGCUGGGAUCGCGGUUCAGUGCUCUCGCCUCGGCCAGAAUGAAGUUCGGGUUGGAGUUCAAAUAAAUACGGCGCCAUCCGCCCCGGGCAGAUCAUUCGCGGUCUAACACCCGUCUGAGAAGCUUUCAACUCGUCGCGAAAAUUGUGCAAGGAUAUUUUUGAUAUUUUAGCCAAAAAACCAAGGAAACAAUAUUAUAGAGCCGCAACGCGUGCCGGUGAUUUAUUUGUGUUCAAUUCGGUGGAACGAAGUGAGGCGGUGUAGCUAUGAGAGCUUUUAUGUUGUUGCCCUUCUUAGCCCUGCUCGUCUGUGUGCGAGCGGCGGUGACCGGACCCGAGGCUAGGUCCAGUGUGGACUCCAAGGAUCGGCAAGUGGCCACCGCGGGUGUGGGAGUCCUGGACUCGGUCCUGCGUGGCAAGAGCCGGCAGUCGCGCUGUGUACGCUGCUACGAGGAUCGUGAUCGGGAUCGUUAUUACGGCGGAUACUCCAGCCGAACCGGAGACGAUUCUCGCGGUAGUUCCUGGUAUUAUUCCGGGUACGAGGAUCGCGGCAGCAGUCGGGAUCGUGACUACGACAGGUAUUAUGACCGUUAUCGGUACUACGAUGAUCGGUAUACCCCAAGGACCUACGACCGGUACGAGGGUCGGGGCUACGACGAAUACAGGCGUCCCUCGGCCUAUGGAUCCUACGACAGGGAGCGCGGCUAUGGCUACGAUAACCGAGAUCGAUACUACACCGAUCGCUAUAGUGAAGGUUCGUCUAGGGAUCGGUACUACGACCGCUCUCGUUCCGGCUACGAUCGCUAUGAUCCCUACGACCGCUACUACUCCAGGUAUGAUUUUCGCAACUAUCGUCCUUGGGAUGAGACCUACAGAGGUCAGUCUGGCUUCGAUAACUCCGGACGUGGCUAUUACUUUGCCACCGAUGAGGACGAUGGCGAUAUGAGAAACCGGGGCUCCGGUUACGCCUACAAUCGCCCCUCAAACUCGCUGUCCACGCCCUGCGGCCGCAUCUCCGGAAAUUGUCCUUAUGCUGGUGCCGGUUACUCCAAGGUCACGUCCUCGGCCAUCGGCAGUGACAGCUCUCGCAUCCCGGGACACACCAAUGUCCUCGGCUCCGAGGGCGGUGGCUGGACGUACCUGGGAGAUCGCGACCGAGACCGGGAUCAGGACAAGGUCAGCGGCAAGGGCAGCAGCAGCGGCGGGGGCAGCAGCAGUAGCUCCAACAGCGUCAGCAGCAACGGCAACGGAGGCAGCGGCAGCGGCGGCAGUCGGGAUCGGGACAGGGAUAGGGAUGCACAGAGCUCUUCCUAUGGUGGCCGACCACGUCCUCUAGGCGUCAGCUAUCUACUGGAACGGGACUCGGACUCCUCGUCGGAUGGCCCUGGAAAGCCGGCGAACCCAGCCGGUGGUGGUGUGGGUGGAGGUGGUGGUACUAAUGGUGGUGCUGGUGGCCAGAGCAUGCCAAUUCCCGCUGCCCAGACAGCCGCCGAGGGAAGUUCCGGCACUGCUGAGCAGUAGAGCUUGCACCGGAAACUGAUACGGAACUGGUUCUGAAAAUGACGGAAAUCGAAUCACGACUCCUGGAACCAGAAGAUGCGGUGCAGCGGCUGGGAUAGCGGCCGGGCCAAGCCGGUGGGCGUGGCAUAGCUUAGUUUAACCUUCCAUCCGUAUUUAUGUGUAAUUCGUAAGCUAAGUCUCCAAAGAAACUAUUUAUGUGUGCGGCACAGCUUUGCUUAAAAAAUAAACUUCAAAGAUCCUCAUAA